AUGGACUACAAUUAUCAACAAAAGUCUCACCAAAACCUAUAUCUUCUGUUUUUCGUCAUUUUGCAAAGUAUAUUCCAAACAAUUUCAAGUUUUAAUUCCAACGAACUAUGUUUAAACAAAACAUGCAGUGGUUGCAUUGCUGGAUCGCUAUCUUGCCAAGAAGGUGGACUUACACACUUACCAGAUCGUCUUAGUUCUGACAUUCAGUCCAUGAUAUUGAUGGGUCAUAAGUUUAAUAAUCCAACGCUAACCGGCGAUAACUUUUCCAUAUAUAUUCAACAAAACGUUAAGCUACAACGUCUUACUCUGCGUAAUUGUGGUAUCCAGUCAAUUCAGUCACGUACAUUCCAAUCAUUGAAAAGUUUGCAACAAUUGGAUUUAUCUCAAAAUCGAAUCAAAACAAUCUUAAAAGGUACCUUCGAAGGUUUGCACUUGGAUUUUUUACGUCUAGACGAAAAUUUUGGUUUAAGUAUUGAAGACGGUGCUUUUCAAGAUACGUCUAUUGUGUCGUUAUCUAUGAACCAAUGUGGUCUUAAAAUAUUGAGUUACAAUGUUCUUUUACCAUUGAUAAAUAGUAAACAACUCAAAAAUUUACAUUUAUCUGGCAAUCAGUUAAUAACUCUGGAAAGUCGUCUAGAACCUAUUUUCCUUCAUUUGCAAAGUUUAUCACUAGAACAAAAUCCUUUUAAUUGUGAUUGCAAAUUAAGUUGGCUUGUAUCUGUAUUAAACAGACGACAAGUACAACGGCGUACACGAGGUUUGUCAAUGUUUAAUGGGGAUAUCGAUGAAGUUGAAACAAAUUUAUUACAUAAAUCAAAUAGUUUAAUGGAAAUGAAUCAACAUAAUGCACCACUAGAUGGUGAUUUAUUAAAACCAUUAUGUCAUAAUCCAAGGCGAUUAAUCGGACGAAGUAUUGAGUCAUUAACUGUAUCAGAUUUUUACUGUGGUACACCAAAACUUCAAGUUAUUGAAGUUGAUUUGGGUCAAUUAACAACUUUUUAUCAAAAUCAAAAUAUCAACAAAAAAUUAACAUCAGGAAAGCUCGAACAAGAAAAUGAUAAUUCUCUAAUUAUAACUGUCAGAUGUCAUGUUAAAGGUUCACCAGAACUUCAAUUGGACUGGUAUCGUCCAAUUAACCAUGAUAACAAUAGUAAUCGUGAUCAAAUAACAGAUGCUCAGUCAUACUCAUUUACACGAACUCAACAUCAUCCAAAUCAACAACAACUUAUUCGUGUUCCAAAUUCAAAAAUGCUCAGGUCUGGUGGAAUCGAAUUAAAAUUAAGUCGAAAAAUAAACUUAAAAGAUGAUAAUUCAUUGAAGCAAUCUGAUAAUCAGUCUACAAUAUCAACAACUGAGAAAUUGAUUUGUUUUGCCACUGAUUCUAAUGGAAAUACAAGUGCUGAAAUAGUUUUCCAUUGGCCAACUAUUGAAAGUUUACGAAUGAUAUCAGAUAAUUUUGAUAGUUUACAAACUAAAGUUCGAAAUAAUCCCAGAUUAUCUAGUGAUAUUAAUGAGAAUAUUAUAUACACAGAUAAAACAAGAAUAACCAAUGAUCGUUCUACAGGUAACUAUGAAAUUACACCUGGUUGGUAUACAGUUUUACAGGAUGACCCAGAAAAUAUGCUGUUUCAGAAACAAUUCUCUGUACUUGAAAUGAUUGGUGCAGUUGUUGGAACAUUUACUGUGACAUUAGCACUUUUCAUAUUUGGAUGUUGUUUGUUACGAAUUCAUAAACGUAGUCGGUAUAAAGUUCGUUCAAAAAUUUUAUUACAUCAUACUACGUCAGAAAAUUCUUAUAGAAAUUUUUCACCAGCAUCAGAAAAUUUAAAAUCACCUCCACAUUCAUCUACUAGUAACCAUUUAUUGAGUAAUCCAUCCAAUAAUAAUAACGAUAGUGGUAUUAAUCUCAAUAAUAAUAAUAAUAAUAAUAAUAAUAAUAAUAAUAAUAAUAAUAAUAAUGUGUCAUAUUCUCUCAGUCCUGUACCGAAUACACUAGUUAAUUCCUAUACAGAAAACAAUUUUAUUAAUGGGAAUGGAACACUUGUAAAUGAAUUUAAUGGAAUGAAACAUUUACCAUAUAUGACACCGACAUAUGAACCAAUUAAUAGUACCGGUGAUUUUCAAACAUCUACAGGAUAUUCAGAUUCACAAACUUAUGAUUUACCACGAAUUCUUCCAACACACUCACCACCAACUAUUCCUUUACCGCCAUUGCCAAAUGGAUUUAUUAACAAUGCCAGUAAUGCUAACGUAAUUACCCGGUUAAAUGAAAUGGAACACAACAAUACUAAUACUAUCAAUACAGAUAACAAUAAUAAUAAUAAUAAUCAUGUGCCACUCCUGAUGACAACUUUACCCUACAUAAAGACAGCACAGUCAGUAAAUAAUGAUAUAAAUCGAUGUGUAGAUACUUCAAUACUAUCCCCAUUCCUUAUGAAUGAUACACAAACUUUAUCAGCAGCUAUGUCAAAUGCUGCAGCUGCGGCAACAUUAAAUUU